UCGGAGCGUUGGUCCCGCUGCUAUAGCGAGUGGCCAGGGAAGGUAUCUGUACCGAGACGGCCUCCGCCGAGAAGUUGUGGCCCCGGGCUCCUCCAUGCCCUCAGAGAGUCCCGUAAGACUGGGAAAACUUGGGCGAGAUCAGACCGGGAAGCCCGAAGACAAAAAAGGAACAACUCUAACUUGCAAGACACAUUUCGAGUCAACGAAGAGUAAAAGCAAGCUAAAGGUACCCAUCGUUCUUCCAGGCAAUACCAGGUCCCAUCAUGAGGCCUAGAGACAACGGAGAUUACACUAUGAAUUCUGGUGGAUCGUGCCUGAGUACCAUCACAAUGGCUGUCCCCACCAUCAAUGGCAGCAGUAUACCCAUGAGUGCCUGCAGCAGCAGCAGCAGUGCACAGCCCACCAGCCCCAUAGAUACUCAAGUGUGCAUCCCAAAGAAGCAUAACAAAGCGAAGAAGAGGGUCAUCUGGGGCAUUGAAGUGGUCGAGGAGCUGCAGUGGAAAGGCUGGGAGUUGGGGAAGGAGACCACGAAGAACCUGGUUCUGAAAAAUCUCUCCUUGAAAACCCAGAGGAUGAAGUACAGGCCUCUCAAGACCAAGUUCUUCUUCACAGUCAUCCCUCAGCCCAUCUUCCUGAGCCCAGGCAUAACUCUCAUGCUACCCAUUGUCUUCCGGCCUCUAGAGGAGAAAGAGUACAUGGACCAGCUGUGGUUUGAGAAAGAAGAAGGGAUAUUCUGUGUGGAACUGAGGGCCACCCUGCCUUGCCACAAAUUAGUCUGCCCCCCAUCCCUGAAGCUGCCCAUGUGUGCCAUCGGGGACAUGGUUGAGGCCUGGUUCUGCCUGGACAAUGUGGGGGACCUGCCCACCUUCUUCACCUGGGAGUGCCCCAGCUCAUUCCAGAUCCUCCCCACUACGGGGUUACUGGAGCCAGGCCUGGCCUGUAGGAUCAAAGUGACCUUUCAGCCCCUCAUAGCUGUCAUCCAUGAAGUGGAGGCCACGUGCUGGUAUGGGGAAGGCAGCAAGCAGAAGAGCAGCAUCCAGCUGCAGGCUGUAGCCAAAUGCACCCAGCUGGUGGUGAGCAUAAGGCACAAGCGACCAGAGGACCAGGAUACUGAGGGCUUGCAGAAGGUAUUGCACUUUGGCUGUGUCGCUGUGGGCUGCACCGCUGAGAGGCAGAUAAAGCUGUAUAACCCAACCAUGGUGAAUGCCCCUUUCAGGAUUGAAAUAGCCUCAGACAUUCUGGUCAAAGACCAAGCCUUCUCAUGCUCCAAGGGCCAUGGCACCGUGCCCCCAGGAGGAAAGAAAUAUGUGUCAGUCUUCUUCCACCCUGAGACUUUGGACAUCAGAACUAUGGAUUACAUUUCCAUCAUGUCUUCCGGCUGUGCCUCCCAAACUGUGCUCAAAGUCAUUGGUUUCUGUAUAGGUCCUGCUGUGUCCCUGCAGCACUACUGUGUCAACUUCAACUGGGUCAACCUUGGGGAGCACUCAGAGCAGACACUGUGGAUGGAGAACAAGUCAGAUAGCACAGCACACUUCCAGUUUGCUAUCGACUGCCAGGAGAGCGUCUUCAGCAUCAAACCUGCCUUCGGGACCCUGGUGGGCAGGGCCCGCAUGACCCUGCACUGUGCCUUCCAGCCUACUCACCCCAUCAUCUGCUUUAGGCGCGUGGCCUGCCUCAUCCACCACCAGGACCCACUGUUCCUGGACCUGAUAGGAACCUGCCACUCAGACAACACCAAGCCGGUCAUCCUGAAGCCUCAGCACCUCACCUGGUACCGCACGCACCUGGCUCGGGGUCUGACGCUGUACCCUCCUGACAUCCUGGGCAUGAUGCUGAAGGAGAGGAAGCUGGAGCAAGAUAGGAAUGGGGCCCUCACGAUGCCCUUUGAGGACCUUGAGGAUAUGCCAGCCUUGCAGUACCCCUAUAUUCCCCCCAUGACUGAGUUCUUCUUUGAUGGUACCAGCGACUUGGCCAUCUUCCCCCCGCCGGUCACUAUAGAGCCCACUGAGGUGGACUUUGGUGGCUGCCCUGGGCCUGAGUCCCCUAACCCUCUCCCUCUGUGCCUGAUGAACCACACCAAGGGCAAGAUCACAGUGGUCUGGACACGCAGAGAUGGCUGUCCCUUCUGGGUGACCCCGGACACCUGCGAUGUGCCCCCACUCAAGUCUGUAGCCUUGCGUCUGCACUUCCAGCCACCCAAACCCAACAGCCUCUGUGCCGUGGAGCUUGAAGCUUUCGCUGCCUACAAGGUCCUGUGGAGCUACAGCAACAUCGAGGAGGACUGCACUGUGUGUCCAUCUUGGUGUCUGACAGUGAAGGUGCGAGGCCACAGCUAUUUUGCUGCCUUGGAGCAUCACGUCCCCCAGUAUUCCCUGGAUGUACCCAAGCUGUUUCCUGCAGUGUCCUCCGGUGAGCCCUCCUUCCGCAGCCUGCUCCUGGUCAACAAAGGCCCCAUGCUGCUGACCUUCAACCUGGCCCCCAAAAGCAGCUCAGACAUCACCUUGCGGCCCGCCUCAGGCCUUGUAGCCCCUGGAGCCCACCAGAUCUUCCUCAUCAGCACCUACCCCAAGGGCACCUCCUGGAAGCAGCACAUUUUCUACCUGCAGUUCAAUUUUUACCCCCAGUAUCUCAAGGAGGUGAGCAUGCAGAGCCGGGAGGAGCCACUGCAGUUAAAGCUGGACACCUGUAGAAGCAUCUUCUUCAAGCCUACCUGGGUUGGCUGCUCCUCCACCAGUUCCUUUACCUUCCGCAACCCCUCUCGUCUGCCCCUGGAGUUUGAAUGGAGGGUCUCCCAACAACACCAGAAGACACUGGCCGUCCAGCCUGCCAGGGGCCUCAUCCAGCCCAGCGAGAGCCUUAUGCUGACCUGGAUCUUCAGCCCUUUGGAGGAAACCAAGUAUCUGUUCCGAGUGGGGAUAUGGGUCUGGGAAGCUGGCCUGCCCCCAAACACCAAGCCCCCAGCCAUCACACACUACAUGAUCCGUCUGGUGGGCAUGGGCAUCACCAGCAGCCUCUCUGCAGAGGCGAAGGAGCUGGACUUCGGAAAUGUGCUGGUGACUAGCAGGCAGUCCAGGCAUCUGGCACUCCUGAAUGACGGCAACUGCACUCUCUAUUACCGCCUGUACCUGGAGCAGAAUAGCCCUGUGGGCGAUGACCACGACUCCCCUGCUCUGCAGCUAGACCGUUCAGAGGGGAGCAUGCCGCCCCACUCCAAAGACACCAUCUGCCUGACCGCCUGCCCCCAGCACCGGUCCCAAUACUCCUGGACUAUCAGCUACUCACUCCUAUCCCACAGAGAUAACAAGGCUGGCGAGAAGAAAGAGUUGUGUCAAGUCUCUCUGGUGGCUGUGUACCCCUUGCUCUCCAUUCUGGACGCCUGCUCCAUGGGCAGUGCCGAGGGCAUCACCCGGAAGCACCUGUGGCGCCUCUUCUCCCUGGACUUGCUCAACAGUUACUUGACGCGAGACCCCACACCCUGGGAGCUCACCUACAAAGUACCUACCCGGCAUAGCACAAACCAGAUUCCUCCUGUCUUCACCCCUUUGAAACUUGACUUCAAUUUUGGGGCAGCACCUCUUAAGGGCCCACCCUCUGUGGUACUCUUGGACCUGAAGAACACUGGACUGGUGCCCUUGGACUGGGCCUUCCUCUUUCCAAGUGACCAGCAGAUUGACUUGGAGCUGUGGGCAGAGCAAGUAGAGUUUGACAGCACUGAGCUUCACCAGAUGCGUGCAGAGGACAACUGCAUCUUCUCCAUCAGUCCCAAGACUGGGAGCCUGAGUCCUGGGGAGGAGCAGAUGGUGGAGUUCAAGUACAGCCACCUGUUUGUUGGCACUGAUCGUCUCCCAGUGCUCUUCAAGGUGUCACAUGGGCGAGAGAUCUUGAUAAAUUUCAUAGGCGUGACAGUGAAACUGGAGCAGAAGUAUGUACUCUUCACCUCCACUAGCCACCAGUUCAUCCCUGUCCCCAUUGGAGACACAUUGCCCCCACGGCAGAUUUAUGAGCUGUACAAUGGUGGCUCAGUGCCUGUGACGUAUGAGGUCCAGACCAGCAUCCUGUCACAGGUUCAGGAAAAAAGUUUUGAUCACCCGAUUUUCUGCUGCCUCAACCCCAAAGGUGAGAUCCAGCCAGGUACCACUGCUAGGAUCUUAUGGAUCUUCUCACCCAUUGAGGCCAAGACUUACACGGUGGAUGUGCCCAUACAAAUCCUGGGAUGGAAUUCAGCCGUCAUCCGCUUCCAGGGAGUGGGCUAUGACCCCCAUGUCAUGGGUGACACAGCCCCAUUCCACAACAUCUCGUCGUGGGACAACAGCUCCAUACACUCUAGGCUGAUGGUUCCUGGACAGGCUGUCUUCCUGUCCCAGUCUCAUAUAUCCCUGGGAAACAUCCCUGUGCAGAGCAAGUGUAGCCGCCUACUCUUCCUUAACAACAUCUCCAAGAAUGAGAUAAUUGUCUUUUCCUGGGAGCCAAGGCCUCUAGAUUUUGGAGAGAUAUCUGUGAAACCCAUGGUAGGGGAAUUGGCUCCUGAAGAGACAGCUCCAUUUGUGGUGACCUUGAAGACCUCAGUGCAUGCCAGCUUUUACAGUGUGGACCUGAUAUGCAAGGUGUACCAGCAGAAACUCAUGAAGCAGUACCACAAGGAGCUACAGGAGUGGACAGAUGAGAAGGUGCGGCAGGAGGCAGAGUUUAUCAUCACAGACAGGAAAGUGAAGAGAGCAGCACAUUGUACUGCCUGUGAACCCAUGAGGAGGUACAAGACACUGCCCCCCAUCAAGAACAAGCAGUCUCUCAGCCGGCCUGCCAGUUGGAACCUAAAGAUCACAAAGGAAGAGACAUCCUGGUCGUGCCCCCAGCCUCCCAAGACAGGCAUGCUCUGCCUGAGCCUCACUGCCCGAGCCCAUCCCACUGACUACUUCCAGGACAACUUCUUCUCAGAGUUUUCCUGCCACUUCUUACACUGGGAGCUGCCAAAGAGGAAGGCUCCCAGGGAAGAGUCAGAGGCUUCUGAAGAAGAAUCCCCUAACAAGGGGACCCUUGCCUACAAGCAGAAGAAGCAGCUUCUGGUUGACUGCCUUACCAACAUCAUCAGGGGCAUGCUGGAAGACAAGAACUUCCACAAAGCUGUGGACCAAAUCCUGGUGGAGCAGGUGCCUUACUUCUGCCAGUUCUGGAAUGAGCAGUCAGCCAGGUGCACGGUCCAGAAGAGCAACCUGCACUUACGGCCAGUCCUGUCUCCACCCUCCAGCAGCUGGGAGGAGAAAAGCAAGGAGCAGAAGGAAGAAAAUCAGGGGUUGGGGAAGAAGGAAGGGGAAGAGGAGGAGAAGAGCAAAGAGGAAGAGGAGGAGUUGGAGGAGGAAGAGGAAGAAGAGGAGAUAGAAGAGGAGUUGGGCAAGGAGGAGAUAGAGGAGGAGGAGAUAGUGGGAAAGGAAACAUCUGGGACCUGGAAGGGGACUGAGCCAGAGUCCCAGAUUUCCCUGCGGUGGCAAUGGAGGCAGGACCUGAAAGCCCUGGUGAAGGAGGAGCAAGAACAUGACAAUAAAGAGGCCAUUGGAAGGCUCCCUGCCUUUGCCAACCUGCAGGAGGCGCUGCUAGAGAACAUGAUCCAGAACAUCCUGGUGGAGGCGAGCCGCGGGGAGGUGGUGCUCACCUCGCGGCCGCGCAUCAUCGCUCUGCCGCCGCUCAGCGUGCCCAGGAUGCCGACCCCAGACCCUCUGCUGCCCACGCAGCAAAGGGAAGUAACCUGCCCAGUGGCGCCACCUCCUCCCGACUCUUUGCUGGUGCCCGCGCCCAGCCUCUCUGACCUGCCGCCCUAGGUUCCGCCAAGCCCCCUCUCCACCGCCCCGCCAGUAAAGCAUC